AUGAAGUGGAAUGACUCCACCAAGUGGAGUGGAAGGAAGCUAAUUCUAGAGAUAUGUAGUUGUCAGAAAAGCAUCAAAUCACAAAUAAUGAGAAACAUUCAUCUCAAUGAGUAGUGUGCAUGUAUUGUCAAAUAGUUUACAAUAUUUUCAUUCGGUAACACUUUUUGUUAGGAUGUGUGUGGACACACGAUCUUAUACAAAAUAUCACGAUCAGUACAAAAUAUUAUCAGUGCGAAGAGCUUUGGUAAUGAAGUGAACAACUAUGAUGUGAACUUGGGUAUAAUCUUCUUAUAAGAGAUAAACUUGAUUCACUUGAGUGUAGUCAUUAACAAAGACAAUAUAUUAACAGUGGUCCAAGACAUAUAGAGUACAAGUAAGGUCUCAAACAUCAUAAUGAAUGAGGUCAAAAGAUAUUAUAGAUGAAAUUUUAUCUCAACUCGAGCAUGAACCACAAUAGUAUUUACUUAAUUGAUAUAAUUCAUGCAAAAACUUAUUAAAAGAAAUUCAAGAUAAGAUUUUAAAAAAAUAAAAUAAAACAUGGAUGUCUUAAACAAUGAUGUCGCAAAAGAGAUGAAGUGGCCAUAGAAGAAAUAAAAAGAGUCUAAAGUCCAAAAGAAAAUUCAUCAAAAAUUAGCUGUAGAUACCUCAUCUAUUUUCACACCCCAAAUUAGUACUCCUCCUUAUAUAUAGGUCAUGUAAAGUAUAAUGAAAAAAAAAAAUAAUGGAACAAAAAAUAACUUGAGAAAUGGCACUGAUAGAUAAAAGGUUAACAAGAAAUUCAAGAACAUAGAGAACUUAGGUAAGAGGAAUACUUAGGUAAAUAUUGUCAUAUCUGUUGACCGAAGAAAUUCGGUCAUUGAUAAUGAUAACUAGUGGAUGAUGAGAGGUAGGUUGGUACGAUGAUAAAAUGGUAGGUUUGUCAAUCAUGUGAGUGGAGGCCCUCGAAUCAGUAAUCUAUGGUGAAAAUGAAGAUGCAAGGAGAGUGUGUGCACUUGAUGUGGAAAGAUUCAAAAGCAAGGUCAAAUUAGUCGUGGAAUGAACCAUAAUACCACUGAAGUGACAUAGUGCUUCAUAUUCAACAGAGGUCGAUAUCACCUAAAAAGUCAGAGAUGAGAUAUUAGAUGAUGCCAAAGAAGUUGGUGAAAGAGGCAAGAGAGUUGGUUGGACAUAGUUGGGCUUCCUAAACUAUUUUCAAUAUUUGUUGGACAGAUGGUUCUACUUACCACAGCAGAUGCAUGAAGGAAAAGAAUUUUGGCCCUUCCCUCGUGACGGACAACCACUAUCUGAUCUCAAAGUAGGAGGGUAAUGUGAUGCUUGAAAAGUAAAGACAGUCAUCGCCGAAGGAAUAAAUGUGUCAUUGGCAAUGGCAUGAAGAGUGCAUGUAGUCUCACAAAGUACAACGGAGAAAAUGUGAGAGAUAUUAAGUACCCAGUCUCUAGAGAGGAUUGUCCCACAAAUUUGAGAGGUAAUCGAAUGGUGAAGUCUACUCAAAUGUCUAAACGUCACCCUGCUAAAGGUCAAAUGUCCAACAAAAAACUACUGAUAUUAGCAUUCAAAUGUCUAGAGGUUAGUGGUCAAAGGCUAAUAGAUAGUAAGGUUCUGUAUCAUAGCCUAGAGAUAAUCAAAAUGAGUUUGAAGUGAGAAGUCACCUUACUUGCAGGUAAAAAGUAACUUGAAGAUCUCAACCAUGAAAUUGAUAUUCAUAUGAUAGGUGUACGUAUUAUUCAAUGUCAUCUAGAGUUGUUGCGUACGGUGAAUACGGGUGAAAGGCUCAACAAGAUUUGGCUUAAUCCUCUGAAACAUCCAAGUAAGGAUAGUUAA